AUGCCUUAUUCACACCAACAGGCUGACACUGUCCUGUACGGCGCCACAACUCGCUCCAGGCGCACCGAAGUCCUGGAAUAUUCCUUCCCCAUCGCACACCAAGGCUACUACAUCAUAAACCAGCGCCCUGACAGCUCGCUCAACAUCAUGGACGUCGCCGGUCUGUUCGAGUUCCUGGCGCCGUUCGACAUCUGGGUCUGGGCCGCCAUCGGCGCAGGUCUCCUCGCGGUCACCGUCUCACUUUUCAUCAUCAACUGGCUUAACCCAUUUGAAUGGCACCAGUUGGCAGCCCGCGGCGUGGUGGACAAAGAGGAAGGGAACCACUUCAACCUGGUGCAGAGCGCGUGGUUCACGUAUGGCUGUCUGGUAGGACAGGGCGGAGAAAACCUGCCGAAAUCAACAGCAGGACGGGUUGUUGCUGGGACUUGGUGGUUCUUCGUGCUGGUGACCGUAGCCUCGUACACAGCCAACCUGGCGGCCUUCCUCGGGAGGGCGAACAAAGUGUACGCCGUCCACACCCCUGAACAGCUGGUCGCUGACCGCCUCAUGCCCUAUGGCACCUACAAGGAUUACACUCUGCUGAAGUUCCUGAAGAACACAACUCUGACGCCCUUCAGGGAGAUGGGGAAGUACAUGCAGGAGCACAGCGACACGGCCAUCCUGAACAGGAAGGAGGAGGGGCUGCAGCGGGCUUCCGAGGGAAACUAUGCCUUCAUCGGCGACGCAAACUACGAGUACCUUCUGCAGAACAAGUGGUGUAAUCUGACUUUGGGCUCGGCUCCAUUUUUCAAGUCCAUGAUUGCUUUGCCAUUUCCUGCUGGGUCUCCGUUCAUCGAGCCAAUCAACAGGGCCCUAAUGGAACUGCAGGACGACGGAAUCAUGGAUCACCUUAGGAGCAAGUGGUUGGAGAAACCCGGCAAGUGUAUGAAGCACAAAAAACAAGAUGGCGUCCUCCGCAUCAACAACUUCAAGGGCGUGUUCAUCGUGCUUCUCCUCGGCAUCACCGCCGGCGCUAUCGUCGGGCUGUUCGAGUGCUUCGGACACCAGUGCCGCAAAUGUAUCAAAAAGGUAUGCGGGGAGCGUUCCAAAAACAGCAAGAGUAACGGUGUUGAGCUCCGAAUGGAAAGUGACAUUUAGCAUGUUUUUCCAG